AUGGUUAGUCUCACUAAUUCUCAAGCAAAAUUAAUUGAUGAUGAUAUAAAAUCAAAUAAAGAUCGCAAUGGAAAUUACAUAUGUAUGUUUUGCAAGGUAACAAUUGAUACAGUGAAAAAGAAUUGCAUCAAACACAUGAAACAACGGCAUCCAAAGGAUGUAGAAGAAUUAAUAAAAACUCGAAUGAAUAUUCGUCAAGCACAACACGAAGGAAGACUUGAAGCAGCAGCUGUAUUAGAUGCUGCCCUUGAAAAUGUUGAUAAAGAGGAUGAUGAUGAUGAUGAUGAUUCAAUUGCUCAAUAUACUUCAAAUCGAAUGGAUAAUUCUGUUAUGAAAAAGGAUGACGAUGAAGAACAAAUUAAGUCACAACUUUAUGAUUUUUUUAAGAAAUUAAAGAAAGGAUCAAUGUCUGAAGAACAAUAUUUGGCUUCAGUUAAUGCUUUACUUGAUGAAUAA